UUCCAUUGCUUCGUUAAAUGUCACUUGAGGCUCAUGUCACUGUCAACGACACUGGAGAACUUGGACACUAUUUUCCACUAUUUGAGACUGAUAGAAGGGGCUACAGCAUAGCCCCCUUCAAGUUCUCGCUACAAUGGCAGAUCGGCCCAUGGACAAGGUUCGUCGGUCGAUGGUUAGGCCACCAGCGUGCUUGAGGUGCCCAUGAAAACGAAGACCGUCGUCGUUGUAAACAUGAGCCCGCUGUCAACGAUGGGAUGAACCGUGACCCAGCAGAU